AUGUCAAAUUCCUCUGGGGUGCUGCAGACUCCCUUCUACCCUGGAAGUUAUCCAGACAAUGCUGACUGCGUGUGGGAAAUACAAGUAGAGAACAAUUUCCGCGUUAUGCUCACAUUUAGAGAUAUUAUGCUGCAAAGUGGCAGGUGCCAGUAUGACUAUGUAGAAGUCUACGACGGGCCUCUACACUCUUCCCCUCUUCUUGGGAGACUUUGUUCUGGUUCCUUUCCCACGUACACAUCCUCUUCAAACAUGAUGACCGUUCGCUUUCACAGCGAUUCGAGGAACACCUUCAGAGGGUUUCAGGCUCACUACUCCUCUAUUCCAGCAGUUCACAACUCUACCCUUCGGUGCUUGCCAGACUACAUGCAUGCAGUGGUUAGCAAAGACUACCUCCAGUCUCAAGGCUACUCAGCACAGAUGGUCACUUUGAAUGACAAUCGUUGUAGACCAACAAUCACGUCACGUGAGGUUAUAUUCAACAUUCCCUACAACGGCUGUGGGACAAUACGAGAGGAGAACAAUGAUACAAUCAACUAUUCCAACACGAUCAAAGUUACAUCUUCCGGGAACAUAAUCAGGAGGAAAAAGAAUAUUAACUUACAUAUCAGUUGCAAAAUGCUACAGAAAACAUGGAUGCAAAUAAUGUAUGUUGCUGAGGACACUGUAGAUGUGAACGAAAAUCAGUUUGGAAGAUACGACAUGAACAUCACUUUCUACGAUUCCUCAUCGUUCUUGCAACAAGUGCACAACUCUCCGUACUACAUUGACUUGAACCAGAAUUUGUACCUUCAAGCUUAUCUUCACAGCUCUGACCCAAAUCUGAUCGUGUUUGUGGACACAUGUGUGGCAUCACCUGAUCCUCAUGAUUUUAACAGGCUGGCCUAUGAUAUAAUCAGGAAUGGAUGUGUUAGAGAUUCUUCCUAUGCCACAUACUACUCCCCCUACAGCCACUUUGCUCGGUUCAAGUUUAAUGCCUUUGAGUUCAUCAGCCGCCAUUCAUUAGUCUACCUGCGGUGCGAGCUGGUGGUGUGCAGGCUCCGUGACUAUUCCUCCCGCUGCUACCGGGGCUGUGUUAGCAGGUCCAAGAGAGAUGCAAGUUCUGCUGAGGCGGGUGCUGUUGAUAACCCCCUCGCACCAGUUGCUGCUGCCGCCGCUGUCCUGGCAGUUGUUGUCUUUGUUCUUGCUGGGUUUCUUGCAAGACCUGCACUGAAGAAACUGCUUUCACAUGGGACAAUGGAACAGGCCAUUGACAAAGCGAUUGGAAAAGGGGCACAAGUCCUCAGCGUCUGGAGAGUCCUGUCAGGAAUGAAGGAAGUGCAUCCCUCCAUGGAAGAUGUCAUAUGCAGACUAGGCAAGUGGACCGCCAUGGAGAAAGGUACCCAGAACCUGAGGGAAUUAGCCAUGCUGGAGGUUGAUUAUGAUGACCUGGACAAUAAGCGGUGA